UAGAUAGAUAGAUAGAUAGAUCUAACUCCAUCAUAUGUAGAAAUUUCCCUCUUUAAUCUUAAUCCUCAUAGAAGUAAUUUAUUUCCUCAGGGAAUAACAUUUCCAGGCUCUCAGGUUAGUAAAAAACAACACAAGCCGAGCACUUGUUUUUUACACCAUUAUCACAUAUUUAUUAACUAGUCCAACCAUAAGUGCACAGCAGCAAUGUUCAGCUGGCUUGGAACGGAUGACAGGAGGAAGAAAGAGCCAGAAGUCUUCCAGACGGUCAGCGAUGGACUGAAAAAACUCUACAAAACCAAACUCCUGCCUCUGGAGGAGAGCUACAAGUUCCACGAGUUCCACUCUCCGGCCCUGGAGGACGCCGACUUUGACAACAAGCCUAUGGUCCUGCUUGUGGGACAGUACUCCACCGGCUACGACUUCGCAGCUGUCUUGGAGUGGUUUGCAGAGCGAGUGGACAGGAUCAUCCUCCUGUUUGACGCUCACAAACUGGACAUCUCGGAUGAGUUCUCAGAAGUGAUAAAAGCUCUGAAGAACCACGAAGACAAGAUCAGAGUUGUGCUGAACAAGGCGGAUCAGAUCGAGACCCAGCAGCUGAUGAGAGUGUACGGUGCCUUAAUGUGGUCGCUGGGCAAAAUAGUCAACACCCCUGAGGUGAUCCGUGUGUACAUCGGCUCAUUUUGGUCCCACCCACUGCUGAUUCCUGACAACAGGAAGCUGUUUGAAGCAGAGGAGCAGGACUUAUUUAAGGAUAUUCAGUCCUUACCGAGAAACGCAGCACUUCGAAAACUCAACGAUCUAAUCAAGAGAGCAAGACUAGCCAAGGUUCAUGCCUACAUCAUCAGCUCACUGAAGAAAGAGAUGCCCUCUGUGUUCGGGAAGGAGAACAAGAAGAAAGAGCUGAUCGGAAGUCUCGGAGACAUUUACAAACGCAUCGAAAGAGAGCACCAGAUCUCCCCGGGGGAUUUUCCCAAUCUGAAGAAGAUGCAGGACCAGCUGCAAGAUCAAGACCUCACCAAGUUCCAGCCUCUCAAACCCAAGCUCUUGGAGGCCGUCGAGGACAUGCUAGCCUCCGACAUUGCUAGCUUGAUGGUUCUGGUCCGCCAAGAGGAAACUCAGCAUCCCAACUCGGUGGUGAAGGGCGGCGCGUUCGACGGCACUUUGAACGGUCCGUUCGGUCACGGGUACGGCGAAGGAGCCGGCGAGGGCAUCGACGAAGCCGAGUGGGUCGUCGCUCGCGACAAACCUGCUUACGACGAGAUUUUCUACACUCUGUCCCCCGUCAACGGCAAGGUGACGGGUGCCAACGCUAAGAAGGAGAUGGUGAAGUCCAAACUGCCCAACACGGUUCUGGGAAAGAUCUGGAAGCUGGCCGACAUCGAUAAGGACGGGAUGCUCGACGACGAGGAGUUUGCUCUGGCCAAUCACCUGAUAAAGGUGAAACUGGAAGGACAUGAACUGCCGUCAGAGCUGCCUGCACACCUCAUACCUCCAUCCAAGAGGAAAAUAUCUGAAUAAAAUGAGAGAUUAUUCCGUAAGCUGCGUUAAAAUCCCCCCAUCUCUAGAACCACCCCCCCAUACAGCACAUGAUGCACUAAUUCUAACAUCCAGUCCUUUCAUUUCCAUCAUCACCAUAUCUGUAGUCUUAACCCAAGCAAACACUUAGAAACAUUACAAGCUAUUAAACACUAAAACAUCUUUAUCCUGCUGGUUAAAUCCACCCGUUAGAUCUCACCCGCCGUAGUGAUUAAUAUAUUUUAACAGCAACAAAAAGCCUUUAUUAGGUCUAAGUAGUAUUUACAGAACAGCUCCAAGAGCUGCUUUGUACCUAAAGCUGGGCAGUAAGUAGGACAGAUCAGGUGAUGAGUUAAAAACAGAAACACUGGAACUCGAACAAAAACUACUGGAACAGAACAGAACACUGUGAACUCAGAUGGAAAAGAAGAAACUCAAACGGCUUAUUCCUGAUAAAUCUUUACCUGUUAUAAGAUGAAGAUGAGCUGCAGCCUGCCCUGCCAGGUGCCAUGUUUUCUUUUGUCCUCCUGGUGGAGACGGGCGGUCCGGUCUUUAUUUAAAGACAACAUAAUAGACGGAGAGUUUCUGGAAGGCAGGAGAAUACAUGAACAACAGACAAAAGGUAAUUCUGCUUUGAAAUAGAUCACUAAUUAUCCUGAAAAUCAAAGAAUAAAU